GCUGAAACACCAUGUCAGUUGUUGGAGCAGAAUACAGACCUCCAUGGACAGCGCUCCAUGUUAUUGGGAUCGGGGGUGCAUCCGGCUCAGGAAAGACAACAGUAGCACAAAAGCUCAUCAAAACCCUCAACGUCCCAUGGGUCGUCAUCCUAUCCCUCGACAGCUUCUACAAACCCCUAACUAAAGAGGAAUCCGCACGGGCCUUCAAGAAUGAGUACGACUUUGAUGACCCAUCCGCCCUCGACUGGGAUUUGUUAUUCGAAUGUCUAAGUGCCCUAAAACAAGGCAAAAAAGUCGAAAUCCCACAGUAUUCCUUCGCACUGCACAACCGCCUCCCAACCAAGACCACAAUCUACGCCUGUAACAUCAUCAUCCUCGAAGGGAUUUUUACCCUCCACGACCCACGCAUUCUCUCUCUCCUCGACAUGAAGAUCUUCGUCGACACACCCUCAGACAUCUGUCUCGCUCGGCGACUGAACCGGGAUAUCUUGCACCGUGGCCGAGAUCUGCGAGGUGUGUUGACGCAGUAUAACCGCUACGUCAAAAGAUCCUACGACGACUGCGUCCGCCCCACCAUGAAAAACGCCGAUAUCGUCGUACCACGGUCAGAUUCCCACGUCGCCCUCGACAUGAUAACCCAACACAUCCGACAAGCCCUUGCCGAGCGCUCCCGGAAACAUCUCGAAGCUCUCCGUGCACUACAGUCAUCUCCUACCUCCUCCGCGGACGAACUUGGCGGCUUGCGGAAUAUUAUAUGCUUACCGCAGACACCGCAGUUGCAUGCGAUGCAGACUAUUAUUCGGGAUGCGAACACAUCGAGAGAUGACUUCCAAUUCUACCUCGAGCGUCUCGCCGUCCUCCUCAUCGAGCGCGCAAUGGUCGAGUUACCACACGAACAAAUUACAAUCGAAACUCCUACGGGCAAAUCAUGUACAGGCAUGGCCCUCUCCGCCUCCGAAGUUGUCGGAGUCUCGAUCGUCCGCGCAGGAGAAACCCUUGAAGUAGGGCUUCGACGCGUAAUCCCAGACGUCUCCCUCGGAAAAAUCUUGAUCCAAUCCGAAUCAAUGACUGGCGAGCCAAAACUUCACUACUCCAAAAUCCCACCACUCUCACCCACCGGGCACGUAUUCCUCCUCGACGCACAAAUCGCGACAGGAGCAGCGGCGUUAAUGGCGAUCCGGGUGUUGCUAGACCACGGCGUACCGGAGGAGAACGUGGUGUUUAUCGCAUACCUUGCCGCGCCGUCGGGGUUGCAGGCGAUUGCGAGGGUGUAUCCGAAGGUGAGGGUGGUUGUGUCGGUGAUUGAUGAGGGGUUGAUGCACCCGACUGCGUUUAUCGUGCCGGGAUUCGGGAAUAUUGGGGAUCGUUAUUUCGGAUGUUAGUGAGUUGAAAUUGGAGGGACUUCUCAUCAGGCAUAGCACAGUUUUCAGAAUGCAGGACAUUCACCAUGCACAAUCGC